AGCUGAAGCUGCCACGGACAAACCACUACUGUAAACCUCUGUAUAAGACGGAGAGUGGGUGCAGACAUACCGAUACUACAACGAGUGCAUUUGUUGCAGUCGGUUUCGUUGCUUCUGGCUCACUGACAGGCGUUUGGCGUAGAGGCGGGUCGUACUACUAUAGGGGCUCCUCCAACAGGGGCUUCUAUCAUGACCCUGUCAACAGGAGGCAGCAUAUCUCGAUCUACGGCGCCAACAACGAACUCCUGGAGCGCGAGUAUCUGCCUAUGGAAGACGACGACACCACGGAGGUGCCGGUGGACGCCUUCCCCGAGACUCCAGUCAAGGUCGAGGAGCGGGAGAUCAAGAUCGAAGAGCCGCGAGCUCGUGCUUUGCUGUGACGCGUGAAUGCAUUGUUGCAAGGAAAUAUAAGAAUUGUGCGUUCGCUAUCAUGCACCAGGUAUCAGAAAUUUGGCUGGCGUCCCCGUAUACAACGCAGUUUCCUGAGAUUUAUAGUCCCGACGUGAGAAAUUACUGCCCCAGGCGCUUGUCCGCCCUCGCCUUGUCCGGUACUUCUACCUCAGUCAACACCUCCUUGGCAUGUCUCUGACUUCUGCACACAGAACUAGCAUAGUACUUACAUACAGCAGAAGUUCAUCUAUUUAGCUGACACCUUUCAUGCUGCGUGCCUCCCCUUCCUCAACGCAGGUGCCUCGCGCACAGGUCGCAUCACGGUACACCUUCGUGUUCGAAAUUUACAGUUCCUGCGAACACUCAUACGGCCAGUACAGUCACCGCGUGCGCCACAUCGAUUGGGCGGCCACCGUCGAUCGGAUCAAGCGGUUCUUGUGACGCCAUUCGCAAAAGAGGACAAUACUCAUAAAUGAACGUUAAUGAACCUUGUUCUCCAGCUCGCAUAUAACGCGGUCUCUUGGAUCUGAUUUUCUCCCUGGCGCACCGCUUCAGAAUGACGACAGCCAUCUAUAACACCUUGGACAUCUAUCGCUGUUGUCCCGAAAAGAACCCAUACGAUGCGUCUCCACCGAUUUACAAUCUCGUCCCUUACCACGAUAUCGAAAGUCUCGAUACGCCGCAGUUGAAGCAAGCGGCAUUCAACAUCGUGCGACGAACCGGGAUUAAUGUCUUCUGGUCGAUGAGUGAUCGAUAUCCCUUUGUUAUUGCGGAGUGCGAUGAGGAAACGACGCAGAACGAGGCAUCUACUUUCACGGAAUAUCAUUCUCCUCCACCCUUGCCAAGCAUAGCUCUCCCUGACGAGCUCGUGUCGCGCCUCACCUAACCUAUUGCGAGUCGAGGAGCAUUAAAGACCUUCUGCGAAAGGCCCAGGAGGGUCGUUUCCCGAAGGGCAUCCUCCUAGAGUACUUCCCGGAUGCGCGGACACUCUCCCGAGAGCGUGACAUACGAGCUGGCGGAGAAAGCUAUCAGAUCUCUCUACACCAUUCAUGCGGCCUACGUGCGACACGGUGACAUCGAUAGACGAAAUAUCCUCCUACUCCCAGAUGAUCGCGUUGUCUGGACCAACUUCAACUCUGCGAUGUGCGCCUCGGAUCCUCGGCUCUCUGGGUGUGAUCUUUUCCUCGAGUUCCAGGAAGGCUGGGACACUUUCUACAUGCAACUGGUAAGCACCGCCGUUCGCGCUGUUUGAUUCGUGCUGUGAUGCCUUCACUUGGAAGCUUCCCAAUAAGCGGAUCGGUUGGGCCGGAUACAUCGGAUGAACUACAAAUUUGUGGCACGUAUAUAGGAGCAUAUCCUUGAUGUUGACCGGUUCAGGCGAGUACAUGCAUCGCAUAUAGUUCGGGGAUCCUGUUCGGAGUUUGCACAACAGGCGCGAAUAGUCUUGCGCAACCUGUAACCAAAGAGAGCACAAUCAGAUACUCAUUUACAAGAAAAUCAGCACUCAACUAUUAACUACAUAGAUCACAGAAUGAUAGACAGCAUAGCUUUCCAUGUUCGUGCUACACACAUACUAUUGUCUAUCGAACAUCUUAUCAGCCUAAGAGUGUAGACAUCCAG